CUAGUAACUACCGCAAAUGGCACAGGUUCUUCAGUCAUAAAACCAGGAAUAACUGCACACGGCGCCGUCGUCCGCAUCAGGCACGCAUAUUCGGUGUUCAGCGAGACCAUGGUAAACAUGCGGGGAAAUAGCAGCGAGAGUUGAUAUCAACUCACCUUAUCUCGAGGUGGGUCACUGCGCCUCUAGGCGUGAUGGCCGUACUGGAGACGGACUUCUUGGGAGAUAAAGACUUUCGAUGGAAUGCCAGUUGCUGUCCUGCAUGGAUAAGACAAUUACUGUUCUCUGGACUGGUCCAUACAUGACUUUGCCAUCUUAAGCAUCACGACAUAUCUCGAGUCGACACUAUACAUCACAGCGCCCCUCCGGCUAUCAAUCAUGGAGUCGCCCUCGGCAACCUUGCUUCGUCUCAUGAAACGGAGAGUCCCGCCCGAGAAGCGACAACGAACUGAGAUGAGCUGUGAUUAUUGUAAGAGAAAGAAAUGCAAGUGUUUGAGACCUGCCGGUGCAGAAUCCUGCCGGGCUUGCAACGAGAUCGGACAGUCAUGUACGACCACGAAGCCGAGGAAGCGACGAAUGUACCCGAAUUUCAAUGCACUUUCCGGAAGCCGGCAGAUCAUCACUCUCGAUCCUGUUGAUGCAUUUCAUCGCAAUCCAUCACCAAGGCGCUCUUCGAUGCAUGGAGUUAUGGGGACUGCCCGACCUUUGACACAAGUCUUAAACGAGGAGCUCUCGCCUACCGGAAUUGUGCAUAACAUCUGCGAAACUACCAAGGGAGUAUCAGUAGAGUCUUUGUUCGAAGACUCUCUGGGUCUGCCUCGUUACAUUGGACCCAUUGGAUCCUACACUUUAUUGGUCAAACUGUGGGAGAUUAUGGACGCAAAAUGUGCCUUCAUUGCCCAAGAUCGUGACAAUGCCCAGACAAUGGGACAAUCGAUGUUGCUUUGCGACAGUAAUGGGCAGAGCAUAGAUCUGCCCCCUCGAAAAGCCGCUGAUAUGUUGGUGAUUUUAUUCUUUGAAAAGGUUCACUGUGACUUUCCCAUCUUCCACAGAGCUCUUUUCCAGGAAAGCUACGAAGGCAUGUGGUCUUUGCAGCCUAACACAGAACCGGCAUGGUUGAUGUCCCUCUCAAUGGUCUUCGUCCUGGGUUUGGAGGUAGCCCCAGACGGCUCAGACCGGGCAGACACCACCCGAAUGAAAGAAGAGCUAAAGAAACGUUACCUUUCCAAGGCCAAGGACCUCUUACCUGAGGUCAUUGCUGGGGCUACCCUGAGUCAUGUUCAAGCACUCAUGCUUUACAGUCGGUACUUACACAUCACGCGAAACCGGAAUGCUUCCUGGAACAUCGUCGGUGCGGCAAUUCGUCUGGCCGUGGCCAUCGGGUUGCACAGGAACGGAAACCAUGCGAAAUGCAGCCCCCUCGAGCGAGAGCUGCGCAAGCGCGUUUGGUGGACACUCCAUGCCUUUGAACGCAUUGAAUGUUCCUCACUAGGUCGCACCUCGGCCAUUGACGACGACGAAUGUAAUGUCGGACGACCAACCGAGGGGAUGCUUGACAUGAGUGACACCAUACCUCUCGGAUAUGUGGAGGCUCAAGCUGAACUGAUGAAAAUGCUUGGCUCAAUCUGCAAGCAUCAAUACGGGCUGGAAGAGCUACCUCAAGAACAAGUCGACUUCGCAAUCAAGACUCUGGUAGACCUUGACGGAUGGUACGGAAACCUGCCAUCUCAUCUCAUGGCCACGUCAAAAUCGCCGAGAACUCACUCGAGAGCAAUUCUGCUCCUUCACGUUCAGUACCAUUACACUAUUACGCUUCUGUGUCGACCUUUCCUUGUCUCCUUGACCACCAAGCCAGUAACCCGGCUGUCCAAUAUGGCAACGCUGUCAUCCCAUGCCAAGACAUGUAUCACAUCCGCAAAAGCUGCUGUGUCUAUCCUCAACGAGCUAUUUUCUGCUGGACUCUUCAAUUCCAAGACGUGGUGGGAUGUCUAUUACGUGGAGUCCAUUUGCAUGAUCCUUGCUAUUGGCAGGUUUGUGGAGGAAGAGGGUUUCAAGAAUGAUCCUGGUAUCAUGCAGUCAAUCAAAACAUGCGUGCACAUUCUGGAAGAGUGCAAAGAGUUCUCGCCUACGAUGCAACGGUUCGCGAAGGUAACGACAGACUUUGCUCAAGCUCUCGUAUAUGACUCCUCUCCGGAGGCUCAGCAGUUCUACGAAAGGCAUCAACCCGACUUCUCGGAAGACUUGUUCCCUGGCCCACUCCAUGCUCAAGCUACAGAAGCCGCCGCUUCGUUCGCCGGACCGGGGUGUGAUCAUCUUAACACUGGCGAUGCAGCCUCUAGUCAUCAUGAUCCUUUCGCCGCUCAUUGGGACAUUCCUGAUAUGUCUUACCCGGAUGACUGGGCAGAUGUUGGGUUUGUGAUGGAUGAAACAUAGCUGAUCACCACCAUUCCAGCCAGGCUGAGAGUGUUCUUGGGCCCGCUUCUCCUUGUCCUGAAAAAGAUGGGCCGUUCCUGCCAGACAAAUUGAUUCCGGCGCAGGUGCUGGCCUCGCUCUAGAGCGUCACUUUGUGGAUGGCAUGCUCCGUGUACCCC